AUGAACUUUCAACCUCUUUCGAAUUGGUUUCGAAGCCGGAAGACGUUCGAUGAUGAGUAUGUCGAUACUCGAAUUCCAGCAGCAUUGAGCAAUGAUGAAAAUCGUCUGUUGGAAGAGAACGUUGAAGCAAAAACGAAAGAACUCGCAAGGAAACAAUUAGAUAUUGAUGAAAAUAUCGAUCGGAUUCAUUUACUCGAAGAUCAUCAAAAGAUCGUACAAGAAGAAAUUCAAACGAUCGAAAGAUUAUUAGCAGCACGUCGUGCGGAAAAAACAAAUGAACAAUCGUAUUUAAAUAUCGAUAUUGUUGAAAUACGUCGGUUAGAACGGCUAAAUGGACACCUGGAUGAUCAAUUGAAGAAAUUCAUCAUGAGAAAAACUCAUUUCGAGUCGGAAGUAAGCCGGUUGAAGGCAGAAAUACUGAAGAUUGACAGUGAAACAUGCAAUGAAAAAGAAAUUUUAGAAAAUCUAAUGGAAUCGAUGAAAAAACGUGAUGAAGAAGCAUUUUAUUUCCUAAGAUAUACCCGAGAAGAUGAUAUUCGAAUCAAAGAAUUAACGAACGAACUUGAACGUUUGUCUGAAAAAUCUGUUAAAUUGAAACGAGCUACCGAAGAAGAAACACUUGUGUACUCGAUCUUAGAAGUUGAAUUAGAUAAAAUAGCGGGUACAUUCCGUCGUUCUCAUAGUCAACGUCAACAGCUGAUUAAACAAUGGGAAAUUAUUCUCAUCCAAAUGCAAAGGAAAGACAAUGAUAUCGAUAAACUGGCUCAAGAACUAGUUCAAAUCAAAAUCAAACUUCGCUCAAGCGGACAAAAGUUAAACGAACAGAAAAUUUUUUACGAACGUGAACAAAAGAAUAACAUAAUAACCGAGAAAUUGAUCGGUCUGGCCAAGCAUAAAGUGAAGACAUUAAAAGCAAAGCAAAGGACGUUGAAUGAUAACCAUCGCAACUUAGAAACCGAAAUACUUUCAUUGAAAACGGUUCUCAGCAACACAGAAACUCAAUUACAACGUGAACGUGUUGUAUUCAAUGAAUUAAAGGCGACUCUGUCUCUCAAAGAACAUCAACUAACUAAACUCAAACAACGUCAAGAGCAAAUCCUUGAUCGUAAACAGUUCACUCUCAACGAAAACAUCACUAUUCAAGAGAAACUAUCGAAACUCGAAACAUCUCUGGUAAACGAACGAAAAUAUCAAACUAGUCUCAAUCAUCAAUUCAAAACAUUCUCCGAACAUCUCUUUCAACUAAACAAUGAGUUGUCUUCAUUGCGAAAACGCGAACAACAAUUUGACAUUAACAAUCAAACGUAUCGAAAUCAGAUUCAAAGCAUUCGAAAUCACAUUCAUAGACUCGAUCAGCAGUUAUUUAAACAACAGGAAUUGAUUUACCAUCAAGACUUUCUGAAACAAACAAUUGAGCGACGUUUGAAUCGAUUGUUAGGUGAAAAAAGUAACGAGAAGAGUUCGGAAACUGAAUCGAAGAUUCGUCAAUUGAAAAAUGAUUUCGAAAAGAAAAAAUCCGAGCAUGAUCAAUUAGAAUAUCAAAUGAAAGUUGUUCACGAAGAAUUACGAAUUGUUAAACGGAAUUUCGAUCAAUCGAAUACAGAGAAGAAUGAGUUCAACGAAAAGUUUCUUCAGUUUGACCUUUAUACAAAUCUAAGUGACAAAAUGAUGAAGAAACUCAACGAUGAAAAAGAAGAUUCUUUAGUCGAAAUAAAUCUUCUUCGAGUGGAAUUAAACCAUUUGAAAGACAUUCUACAUAACUCAAGUGAAACCAAUUCUACUUUAGAACAACAACGAAUCGAAAUACAAAAAGCGAUGAAAGAACGUCGUCUGGAAGUUCAAGCAAAUACACAUCUAUUUCGUUUACGCUACAACGAUGAGCGAACGAAAAAAGCGACUAUUUCCACGGAAUUAGCAAUGCGCAUAACUAAAAUCACGAAAUUAAAGCAACGGUAUGAAGGUUACGCUAUGAUCAUCAAUACUGUCAGCUCCGAUGAAGAAAAUCUUCUCCUUCAAGCUCAACAUAUCAUUAAAUCGGCUCAAAUGAAAGAAGAUCUGUUGAAACAAGGUGAUCAAUUGGAAGCACUAGUGAUGAAGGCUGAAACGGAAUUGCGUGCUUUGGAGAAUACAGUGCAAAUAUUGAAGUGGAAAAACUCCGAUGUGAAAAAGACGUUUGAGAAACUGAACGAAUCGAGUGAGAAAAUGUGCGAAAUGAAAGAACUUGAAGAGCAUCUUCGAGCUGCCACUGAACAAGUAAAAAUCCGUCGGAAAUGUUUAAAGGAAUUGAUAGACAAGCAUAAAUCAAAUUCUCUUGCUGAAUUAGAAGAUGAAAUUCAGCGCAAUUCAAUCGCUAUUGCCGAUAAGCACGAGAUUGCAAGAAAAUUCGAAGAUGAAAUCGAUAAGUAUCAUAUGAAAAUAGCUCGAAUCAAUCAACGGAUGAAGGACCACGAUUAUGAGGAAGAUGUUGAUGUUCGAGUACAGCGUGAAAUGAAUAAGCAAAUCGAGCAACAACUUAUCUCUCUUUGCUUGUCUAUCGGUGACGAACAUCUUGUCGAUAUAUUCGAACGAUUAUCUGAAGAAAACGGCCGAAAGAUUACAAUCAAACCAUCUAUCUCUCCACUGAAAUCGGAAAAGAAAUCCUCAUCAUCGAGCAUGAAAAUCGUUCCAAAUAUUGUUAACAUUUCCAUCGAUAGUUCUUCAAAUUCAAGACAGUCAUCUGCAAGUAGCUUAAACAGAUUUUAUUGA